UAAUCGCACUUUGGGGUGUAUUGUGCAACUGCUAUAAAAGUUUAUGGCGAUUUUCUGCAUUUAACUCUAAAAAUUAUUUUUUUUUUAAAAUAAAAUUUUGAGCUGCGAAACCACUUUUCUUUUGCAGCGAAAGUCUGUUGAGACUUGCGAGUACUGAGGCCAUUUUCUCUCGGCAGAGGAGUCUACUGAGACUUGAGACUGUUGAAUUGAAGAUGGAGGAACUGCAGAAGGCGCUAAAUGACGGAAGAAGCUUAACAGUUUCAACUCUCCCAGAUAAAGGACGCUGUCUCUUCACCUCCAGACACUUUUCUCCGGGGGAGGUGAUAAUAAGCCAAGAGCCUUAUGUCGCAGUACCAAAUAAGAACUCAAAUGAUUCAAGUUCCAGGUGUGAAUGGUGCUUCAGCACUAGGAAUCUCAAGAAGUGUUCUGCUUGCCAAGUUGUUUGGUACUGUGGGAGCACAUGCCAGAAGACGGAUUGGAAACUUCAUCGUCUUGAAUGCAAAGUGUUGUCUAAAGUUGAAAAGGGGAGGAUUAAGUCUCUCACACCUUCCAUACGAUUAAUGGUGAAGCUCUAUUUACGAAGAAAGCUGCAAGUUGAGCAGGUUAUAGCAAUGACUUCCACAGACAACUACGGCUUGGUGGAGGCUUUGGUCUCUCACAUGUCUGAAAUCGAUGAGAAUCAAUUGGUUUUAUAUGCACAAAUGGCGAACCUUGUUAGUUUAAUUCUCCAAUGGCCUGAGGCCGAGAUCAACAUAAAGGACAUUGCAGUAAAUUUUUCUAAGCUUGCUUGCAAUGCACACACUAUUUGCGAUGCUGAACUCAGACCCUUGGCAACUGGAUUGUAUCCUGUUAUUUCUCUUAUUAAUCACAGCUGUUUGCCAAAUUCUGUUUUAGUAUUCGAAGGGAGGUUGGCUGUGGUCCGUGCUGUUGAGCACAUACCCAAAGGUACUGAGGUACUGAUAAGCUACAUAGAAACUGCAGCAAGCACUAUGACUCGUCAAAAGGCCCUCAAGGAACAAUACUUUUUUACUUGCACUUGUCCCCGCUGCAUUAAAGCGGGCCAAUAUGAUGAUAUUAAAGAAAGUGCAAUCCUGGAAGGUUAUUGCUGCAAGGAUAACAGUUGCAGUGGUUUUCUGCUCCGUGACCCUGAAAAAAGGGGAUUUGUGUGCCAAGAAUGUGGACUGCUUAGAGAGAAGGAAGAAAUUAAAGACAUUGAAUGGGAAGUCAAAUAUUUGAUAGAAAAAGCUUCCAUGUGCUCCUCUGGAAAUAAAAUAGAUGCUAGUUUGACGUACAAGGCAGUUGAGAAACAACAGUUGGAGCUGUGCCAUCCAUUCUCGAUUAAUCUAAUGCGGACAAGGGAGACUCUUCUGAAGAUAUACAUGGAGCUUCAAAAUUGGAAAGAGGCUCUAGCAUAUUGCAGAUUUGUUAUCCCUAUCUAUGAGAGAGUAUAUCCGCGCUUACAUCCUUUGGUUGGUUUGCAAUAUUAUACUUGUGGAAAACUUGAAUGGUUUCUUGGAGAGACUAAUGAAGCCAUCCAGUCAUUAACCAAGGCAGUGGACGUAUUGCGAAUCACUCAUGGAACAAGCACCUCUUUUAUGAAGGAACUCCUGAUUAAGUUGGAGGAAGCACGUGCUGAGGCAUCUUACAGUCUUUCAUCCAAGGACGAUCAGUGAGAUUUUCCCAUUCAGAUGCGCACCCAAGCAAUGUAAGGUGGUGUAUAUUUCCAUGAAUAUGAUGUUGUUAUGAUAAUCUGAAGAUCUCUAACCUUGUGCAUCAAGUCUUUGGGAGCUCACAACCCCAUCCUAUGCAUGAGAGAGAUUUCGAGAUUCGAGAUUCAGAGAUCAGAGAUAGAUAGGUGGCUACAGAACACCGUUGUAUCAAAAGGGAGAACUUUAUCAAUGUUCUUGUAACUGUUGCAUAUUGAGAUGAAUAGGAAAUCGAAACAGCUCAAGAGCCCAGGAAUAUGCUUUGCUUUAGUUCUUCAAAUUAGUAUGUAGAAAAAGAAGAGUCCUACAUAACUUUGGUCAAAACAUCAGAGGGAUGCUCUCGAAUGCAAGAGAAGCGGCAGAGCGAUAAAGUUUGCACUAAUUUUGAUUUUAUAGUAUACAUUGGUCUACUA